AUGUUGGAAGAGACAAAGAGACUCUCAGACAAAGUGGUGGUAUUUGUGGCUCUGAUGAUAGCUAUACAAGCUCUGCUUCAUGCUCCACACAAAGUCCCUGAUGCUAAGUGUCCUGUUGGGGAACCUCUUUCUAUUCUCCACAAGUAUUACCAGCCAGGCCAUUUCAUCAUUGCAGGCAUUUUCUCUCAGAUCUACAUUUUUUCGAGUCCAAUCAGUUACGAAAUGCCGCCUUCUGAAGAAAGUUUGGAUGACCAUGUGAUGCUUACUCAGAAUUAUCAGCACAUUCUGGCCUUGGUAUUUGCUGUGAAGGAAAUCAAUGAGAAUGCCCAACUCUUACCCAAUGUGAGUUUAGGCUUCCAUAUUUUAAACAGCCAUUUCCUUGCAAGAUGGACCUACCUUGCCUCUAUGGAACUACUAUCCACAAAGGACAAAUUCAUUCCUAACUACAAAUGUGAUACUCACAAUGAUAUUUUGGGAGUCAUUGGGGGACCUAAUUCUGAAGUCUGUCUCCACAUGACAAGCAUCCUGAGCCUCUACAAAAUUCCACAGAUCUUAUACGGUUCAUCACCAGUGAUAAAUGACAAGACCAAAGAAGAUUUCUUCCACCAGAUGUUUCCAGAAAGGAGCCUUCAGUAUAUGGGGAUUCUUGAGUUGCUACUGUAUUUCAAUUGGUUCUGGAUUGGUGUAGUUGCUUCUGAUGAUGACAAUCGUCAAGGAGAGAUAUUUGUACAGAAUAUACUUCCCAUAUAUUCUCAGCAUGGUAUCUGUGUGGCUUUCUUAGAAACGAUGCCCAAAACGGCUUUCUCAGGUGAAUUUGCUGAAAUAGUAACAAAAUGGUUUGCAACGUCACAUAUUGUCACAGGAAGCACAGCUAAUACUGUUAUUAUACAAGGCGAAAUACACACUAUUGGUGUUUUAAGAUUAAUUUUCCACUUUGCACAAUUUUAUGAUACAGCAAUUGAGAGUCGAGUGUGGAUCAUGACAGCCCAGACGGAUUUUGCAUCUCCCAGUUUUCUAAGAGAUUCUGACGUUCAAUGCCUCCAUGGAGCUCUGUCCCUUGCAGUUCACACAAACUCACCUAGAGGAUUCCAGAGCUUUCUGAAGGAAAGGAAUCCUGCUUCAGAGAAUAGAGAUGUCUUUAUCAGAGUCUUGUGGAAAGACGCAUUUAAUUGUGGUUUCUCAGAUUCCCCUCUAGAAGAGAAGGAUGAGGAGAUCUGCAGUGGGGAGGAAAAGCUGGAGAAUCUCCCUAUGACCCUUUUUGACACAAGCAUGUCUGGUCACAGUUAUAGCAUCUACAAUGCAGUUUACAUUAUGGCAUAUGCUUUGCAUGCAAUAACUUCAUCCAAGAGAAAACAAAGAGGAAAGAUGAAACAGAUCGGACAAGUUCAAUUAAAUCAGGAACCAUGGCAGAAAAGACCCCAUUCACUGUGCAAUGACAAUUGUCACUCAGGUUCCAGUAAGACCAAGAUAGAAGGGAAACCCUUUUGCUGUUAUAGGUGCCAUUCAUGUCCAGAGGGAAAGAUUGCAAAUCAAAAAGACAUGGAUGAUUGUUUACCAUGCCCAGAAGGACAAUAUCCAAAUAACAACCAUGACUCGUGCCUUCCAAAACAUAUAACUUUCUUGUCGUAUGAAGAUGUGUUAGGCACCAGUUUGGCCAUUAUGGCAAUUGUCUUUGCUUGCAUUGCUACUGUGGUGCUUGGGAUCUUCAUCAAAUACCAGGACACUCCCAUUGUCAAGGCCAACAACCGAAACAUCACCUACCUUCUCCUCAUCUCGCUUGUGCUCUCAUUCCUUUGCAGUUUUUUAUUCAUUGGAAAACCUGAAAAGGUGACCUGCCUUUUGCGACAAACUGCUUUUGGGAUUGUCUUCUCAGUAGCCAUUUCUUGUAUAUUGGCGAAAACCAUCAUUGUCAUUUUAGCUUUCAUGGCUUCAAUGCCAGGAUCCAAGAUGAGGAGCUGGCUGGGCAAACAGUUAGAUAAUUACAUUGUUCUUUCUUGCUCCUUUGUUCAAGUCAUUCUUUGCACUGCAUGGCUUAUAACCUCACCCCCAUAUCCAGAUGCUGAGAUGAACUUAGUGGCAGAUGAAAUCAUCCUGGGAUGUAAUGAAGGAUCUACUCUCAUGUUUUACUGUGUCUUAUUCUACCUGCUUUUCCUUGCCAUUGUUGGUUUCAGUGUGGCUUUCCAAGCCCGGCAUUUACCAGACAGUUUUAAUGAGACCAAGUUUAUCUCCUUCAGCCUGUUGUGUUUUUGUAGUGUCUGGUUGUCCUUUUUUCCAACCUAUCUGAGCACCAAGGGGAAAUACAUGGUGGCUGUGGAGAUCUUUUCUAUAUUAUCUUCCAGUGUAGGGUCACUGGGUUGCAUCUUUUUCCCCAAAUGCUUUGUUAUUCUAGUAAGGCCUGAUCUGAACAAUAAAAAGCAGUUAAUGAGAGGCAAGAGAGAAGGAAUAUAA